AUGAGGCAAUCGAAGCAAUCAAGUCUUUCCGCCAUCUCUGCCCUUCUGAUUCUCAGGAAUCUCUUGACAACAUCUUGGUUGAAUUAUAUAAGGUAUAAGGAUUUAGACAAGUCUCUUAUGCUUCAUCACAAGUUAAAGCAAAUUGAAGACGGUAUGACAUUUGUCGGAAGGUCGACAAAACAAGCGAGAUCUCAAGGGAAGAAAAUUCAAAUAACCGCUGAGCAAGAGAUAUCGAGGAUACUUGACAACUUGGCUUGGGCUUAUUUGCAAAAAGGCAACUAUAAAACCAUUGAAGAACAUUAUAGAAAAGCACUUUCCUUUGAGGUUGAUAGGAACAAACAGUGCAAUUUGGCCAUAUGUUUAAUGAAAAUGAACAAAAUUACAGAAGCAAGGUUUCUACUUCAGGCAGUAACUGCAGCAAUGAAAAAACAGAAAAAUGGACGAUUCUUUCGUCAAGUCUUUUGGACGCGCUACACAAAUGCUGCAGGAAAUCGAAUCAACACAGUUGGUAGACUCAGUCAAAGAUAA